AGUCGUUUUUUUUUCCCCCACAACGAUACACUGACCUAUCUGACGCAUAGUUGAGCUUACGUCGCAACUGUUUGGGAUUUUCUUUGUUUCAACGGUGGCAAGAUUUUUAUAAUACUUCCUGCGAUGACGUGACGUACCGGAGCGAACUGGUUUCCUUUUCGUGUCCUUCAGCUACCGUCUUGGCUUAUAAAGAGUUGAGUACUGGCUCGUUAGUUUCAGUCGAACGUCGAGCAAGUCAACAAGUCCCAUACCAAUUCAAGAUGAAGCUUUAUCAGCAAUUUUCACUGCUUGUGAUUAUUGUAGUCCUUUUUUCUGCAGCUUUGAGUUGCAAUCCUGGUUCAAAACCUGAAGAAGCUUCAUCGAGACCUGGCACUCUUCCUGCUGAUUGGGAUGAAGAUUUGAAUUCUGGAGAGUUUAGUGGACAUGAGUGUGGUCCAGUGCAUGGAAAAUGCCCACAUGAACAAUGCUGUUCUUUACGUAAUGAAUGUGGAAACUCAACUUCACACUGCAAUUUGUCCUUAGGAUGCAAGAAAAAGUGGGGUAUUUGUCAUUGAUUUUUCAAACGGGGCCUGCAGAGAGCAUUUGUCUGUAAUCUAAAAAAUGCAUGCUUGCAUUUAAACAGGCUGAGCUAUUUUUUAAACAAUCUCAAUCAAACAAUGACAAGUGUUGUUACUAUUUCUCAUACUAAGUGGUGGAGUAUUGCUAAUCCUUUUGUGUCCUGUUAUGAUCGUUUUAUGUUUACAAUUUCUAAAAUAAAACUAUUACUGAUUGA